GUUUGCAGUCGGUUCGCUCCUUCCGCCCGACCGUUGGAGUUGAUUCGUUUUUUGGUACGCGUGUCGCGCGUAUAUUUCGCAACUGUCGCUCAAUCGAUAAGUGUUUUAAGUGCCAUUCAGUGUUCGAAGCGUCGAGGAGCGUCGAGGAGCAUCGGAGGUUCGCGAUAAUGGAUUAAUCGAGACAAGGCUGCCCGUCUACAUCCCGAUCCUAAAUUCAAGGAGCCAAUCGCCAAUGUAACCGCAUCGAUGGGAAGGGAAGCCAUUCUUGCCUGCGUAGUUCAAGAUCUCGCUGGAUAUAAGGUAGCAUGGCUGCGCGUUGACACGCAGACUAUUUUGACCAUAGCAACCCAUGUGAUCACGAAGAAUCACAGGAUCGGGGUUACACACAGCGACCAUCGGACGUGGUUCCUUCACAUACGAGAAGUACGGGAGUCCGAUCGAGGCUGGUACAUGUGCCAGAUAAACACGGACCCCAUGAAAAGCCAGAUCGGCUAUCUCCAAGUGGUCGUGCCACCCGACAUCCUGGACUACGAUACCAGCGCGGACAUGGUGGUGAUGGAGGGACGAAACGUAAGCCUGCGUUGCGCCGCGACCGGUUCUCCAGCCCCUAACAUCACCUGGCGACGUGAAGAUGGUCAACCAAUUCACCGCGACACAAAUUCUUCGAGCGUGGAGGGUCCGAGUCUCAAUAUCACAAAAGUGAACCGGCAGCACAUGGGUUCCUAUUUAUGCAUUGCAUCCAAUGGAGUGCCACCCUCCGUCAGCAAACGAAUAAUGCUUACUGUGCAUUUUGCACCGUUGGUUUCGGUACAGAAUCAAUUAGUAGGUGUUCACGAAGGAGAGAGGCUGACUCUCGAAUGCUCUUCGGAGGCAUUUCCAAAGUCUAUUAAUUACUGGACCAGAGACCAGGACAAGAUCGUACCGCAAGGAGGGAAAUACGAACCGGUGCUGGUGGAUAACGCGUACAAGAUACACAUGAAGUUGACGAUAAGCUCCGUAGGUCCGUCAGAUUACGGCACGUAUAAAUGCGUCUCCAGGAAUUCGCUGGGCGAUAGCGACGGUAGCAUUAAAGUUUAUGAAUUAUCGAGUUCCACUUCCAACGCCAGCAGCACCAGAAACAAAGGUAAACUAAGGCAUAAUUCAGGGAACAAUAUCCUGGAGGGAAAUCAAGACAUGCUAAAGGAACGAGUUUCACGAGGCCGCAAGGAGAAGAGUGGCGAUGUAACGGAUUACGAUGAAUCCAGCGCCACCAGCAACAGUAGCUCAUUACUCUCGAUGAUUGUCAUCGCGUUGUGCCUGUGCCUGCAUCAUCAUCCGCAGAUGCAAACAUUGCAUCCAGCCUGAGAUCUGUCCACGGUGGCUCUGCACGCUAUCACGCGCGUACUUCGAUCAUCGAACCAUCGUGACUUUGUACAUCCACUUGUAAAUCCAUCGCUCAGGGACUUCAGUCGAGGAUGAAUAUCGUCGAGGACUGCGUUGACCAUUUAAACUUAAACGAUAAGAUAAUAAUACUAUAAGUAGCGUGAUACAUAUAGCGAUAGCUCCGACCGGCGUCGUCGGAGUUCGCUAAGGGAGGAUUACGACUUAAGGGAUGAUCAUUGCGGAUAGUUUCAGAACAAUAGUUGAGUGCGCAGAUCUACCCCGUGACCGGAAUCAUGUUACAGUUUCCUACUCUGAUUUAUUUUAAGGCCACGUUAGCAACGUCACGAAGAUAACUGAAUUGUCCAUAAGUUCCAACAAUCGCGAUCAACAUUGGCUGAUUUUUGACGAGAUGCGGUUUAAGCGUUCUUACUCGCUUUUUUUUAAUUAUUUUACUUAAUUUUAUUCUUAUUUAAUACAGAAGAUAGCUGAUUUCUGCCUGCUAUGUAUAGUCUUAUUUUUUUGAGCAACGUUUCAUGUAUCUGAAAUUAUUUUGCAUAUAUAUCUAAUAAAUUUCAUAUAAAAUAAUGAGCAUGUGAAAAAUAUCUUUUCCGUCGAUCGAAAUUACGUGUUCCAUUCUGCAGAGCUCGAUAACGAUUGACGCUGACAACGAGCAAUAAGCAGACGGUCUCAUUCAGGAGAAAUGGACUUCCGCGACGAAGCGGGACAGACGAAGGAUGGACAAUUUGCACUGUUUCGCGUCAUUUUUAAUUGGCUAUCUGGUCAGUGGUGUGCGUCGCAACAACAGACGACUACUACGAAGCGAUGGCCGAACGAUGCAACGAUGUGGCUGCGCCAAUUGCAGGGGUAGACAGUUACUGUCUAAACGCUUAUUAGAGGAACUGCAAGCUAACACGGAGCUGUCCAGUCGAGCAAAGAAUAAGUUGCUCGACUGAUAAGCUAAAGUCUCGUUUACACUGUUGAUUUUUUAAGAGAAGUAUAUCAAAUGUUUCAAAGGAUAUAUUACUUAAACAUGAUUACGUAUUAUGAAUAGGGAAAAACUGCACGCGAUGCGCAAAAGGUUUGUAUCUUUACUUUAUAUUAAUUUACACAUUUCUAUUGUACUUAUUUAUCAUAAUCGUGAAACAGUUAUGAAUAAUUCAGAAUACAAACAAACUUUCAAUUUUAUGUUCUUAUGAUAUAAAUUUUAAUAUUUCUUAAUGGAAAUAGAAAGAUCAUUUCUUUUCUUAUAUUAUUGUAUAUAAACUCUAAAAAGAUAUCUUUUAUCUUCUCCAAUCGAGAUUUUUAGACGAUUCUUUUCGAUCGUUCACAUUUCCUCUCACUGUAAUCAACGAUAAUAAAGUACAUGAUCGAUCUCUUGCUAAGUAGGCAACUGUCUUUUUAUUCGAAUAAAUUAUUACUCUUUAAAACUGCAUCGACGCAGUAACAUCGGUCAGCGUCGUUUUAGAUAACUUUCCGUAACUCCUGACUUCUGAGUUAAAACGAUUACCGUGUGUAUAGAAUAGCUAUUAAUCUCAUAGAAUAUCGGAUAUACCUAAUAGUCAUUGCUUGAAGACUUGCACCACAAAAAUUUCGGCAGAUCAUUCUGCAUUGUUCAUUAAAAUUUGUACCGAGAAAAACAUUUGCAUUAGUUGGAAUCUAUUCUAUAAAAUUCUCUGUAUAGCACUUAUGUAUAGUAAUGUAUUAUAUACAGUACAUUAGUAUAAUUAGUAUAAUAAUUAAUAUACAUAUAUGUACUAUAUAUAAGUAGUAUGUGAGAAGAUAUCAUGCCGACAUUCGAACUUUUGCAAUUUCGAGAUAAUUAAUCGAAACAUUUAUUUCAUUUUUGAGUAAUGCGUUUUUGGUAAAAUUCUUAACUAUAUUUGCUAAUCUUAUAAGAGUAAUUAUUUCACUCAACCUGUCAUUUAUGAAUUAAUUAAUUAAUUUUAGUGAUUUCCUUCAUCGAAAUAAAACAAGAUAUAUCAUAAUUUGUAUAUAGUAUGUAUAAUAUAUACGAUUAUAUACAUAUACUAUAUAUAGUAGUACUAAUUCAAGACUGAGGAGGCUCUUGGCGUUCUUAAAUAACUUUCGAGCAGUGAUCGAUGUACUGCGUGUGAAUAGAUCUCGCUUUAUUAUGCUCUACAUGUAUUGUACAUACUAGAAUAAGCUGGUGUGUCGCUGGAGAUCAUUUAUACUGCCACAGUAAAAUAUAUAUAUAUAUAUAUAUAUAUACACACACAUGUAGUGUCUCUGAAUAAACUAUUGUUUCUUGUAAAUAGAAUAAACUAAUUUCAUGACAUUGGCAAUCUCAUGAAACAUAAUUAUGGAUAAUUUAGUACACUUGAUAAUAUAAAUUGUAUAUUAAAACACAUUGUAUCAAUUUAUUCGAUUAAUGUCGCAGUUAACAAUUAACUGUAAUUUCCACACCGUUAAUUAUUAAUGCUAUGUAUCGCAUCAUAACUGUUGCAAAUAUCAGAAUUUCAUUUAAGCUGUCAAAGUCUCGGAAAACACACUCUACAAAUUCGUAUAUAAACUGGGACAUUCUAUACAGUCUGGAUUCUAGUACAAUAUCACGAUGCGAGGUUUGCACAUGGCGCUUUUGAAUUUUCGUUCACUGAUCUGUACAUGUAUGUAUACGUAUGCAAAUAGAGAGAGCUUAUUAUUGAAUAUCAGAUAUGAGGAAAGUUGAGUUUCGCGAAAUGGGUCAAAGGAGACUAUAAUAGAUAAAGAAAAACAGAGAAAGGAAAUUUUGUUGUCAAAAAGAUUAUUUCUUGAAGCAUUUUGUAGAACGAAAAUGUAUUUGAGAAACAAUCUAAAAGCAUGUUAUGAGAGCUGAUAAUCUAAAAAUGUAAAAAUCGAAUCUUUCGCAUAAAGAUAAUUAUAUUAGUAAUUCUCAUUUAAUUAUUCUAUUUGUAACAUAAAAAGUCAUCUAUUCCCCUGUAUAUUAAUUUUCAUUCCGUUAAUAUCUUCCUGCAAAUUUGCGCGAAUUUAAACAGUUUAGACUGAACAUUUCAGAAUAAUGUGAACAUCGAUAAGCAACCUAUAUUAAUUUAUUCACUUUAGUGAUCAUAAUAAGUGCUAUUUGCAAAGAUAAUACUAUGAAAAAUUAUUUUUCAUUAUUCCAUGUAUCACGGUUAAGAUGCCUCAGUAACAUCUUUGCAAUAUAUUGUAUAUAUGAAGACAUAUCAACAAGAUAUAAUAUUUAUAUUUGUUUGUCAUGAAAAUAAGAAAUCUGAAUAAAAUGAAAAAGCAAACAGAAAAAUCUAAAUAUAAGAUGCAUUAUCUGAAAAUGUCAAUUAAAUACAAUUAUUUUCGGUGAGAUGAUUUGCAAAAGUUUUAAUAUCCAGAUUAUCCGUUUUAAGAUGUGCAAAUGCAAAAUGGCAGUGUUGAAAAAUAUCACUACUGUGAUGCAAUGGCUAUUAUUAAAUUUAGUUUAAGAGUAUCACUGCAAUUAAUUGGUUUAACUGCUGCAGGUCAUAAUUAAGAGCGCCACUUAGUGCUUCGACUGAAUUAUGUACCAAGUAGCUGCGGUGCUUAUAUACGAUCGCGAAUGAUUUCCAAGUAAUUUAGUGACUGCGAUAAUUAAACGGUAUAUCGAAGAUACUCAGAGCAACCUACUUUUGUAUCAUCGGCAUUGUAGAUAUAACAUACUGAAAUCCAACGUAUUGUAACACGUGUAACAAAUCCGCGGGGAGUUAGCGUGAAAUAAUAAAGGCGAAUAAUACAAACUGUAGCUGAUAAAAUGCCAGUAGCGAUUAAGUACACGGCGCACCGUGGCGAGUACUAUAGUCGUAAAAUACACAGAAAAAUAAAUAUUAACAUGUCAUAAUGUACAGGUAGAAUGUAUAUCUCGUCUAUGCUGCUCGGUGGCGUAACUGUAUAUGUCUCUGCAUAUUAUGUAAUAAAUACAGGAAUUCUCUUCAGGCGUCAUUACCAUCGGAUAUUUCGUAAAGUUUUGCUACGAUGGUAAGUUCACAUCGCGCAAGUAUCAAAAUUGUAACAAAUUAACGACGGUACGUCCUUUUAUGUCCAGAUGAGGAUUCAAGCGUAACGCUGUAAAUGAUCGAUGUCUCCGCCGAUAAGCGGAUAGCAUAGUCAGUAACCGGUUGUUAAUAAAUAUAAAAUAGGUGUAUAUUAAUAACGAUAUCCAGCAUUCAACACAGCUAUGUCGCGAUUAACGCUGCGAUAUUCGCGGCUGAUCCGGUUGCGCCACUGCCCGUGCUUCUUGCACGCGUUUUAGUCCUGUAGGCACUGUCGACAUCAGGAACAUGUUCGUGUAAACAUGAAAUACAAAUUUAUUACUUAU